CACACGAGCGCAAUUGAAAUACAUCUGUUCCCCAGUUGAUGCGUGCUUGACCCAUAGUUCAGUCCACGAUUCUGUCUACCAGACUUCACGUCUUACGCCAGGGCUCAUUCUCCCUUCUCGUCAAGAUGGCAGCCACACAAGGACCUGAUGCCAUUGCGCCCAAGACGGACAACCACUCGAGCAAGUCGGUUGCCCACUCGGCAAGCGACCUCGAGAAGCAGCAAACACCUCAGGGCGAUGAGCUGCAGAGGAAGCUAUCAAGUCGUCACCUGCAAUUCGUUGCUAUUGGCGGAACUGUCGGAACUGGUGUUUUCAUUGCCAGUGGAAGCUCAAUUAACACAGCUGGUCCUGCAGGCGCGCUGCUCGCCUAUGUCUUCGUCGGUACUCUCGUCUACUCAGUCAUGAUGUCUCUCGCCGAGAUGGCUACCUACCUUCCCAUCGCCGGUGCCUUCACACAAUAUGCCUCUCGUUUCGUCGACCCCAGUCUUGGAUUCGCUAUGGGUUGGAUUUACUGGUUUUCGUGGUCGAUUACCUAUGCGCUCGAGUUGUCAGCAGCCGGACUCAUCAUCCAGUGGUGGAACCAGGACUUGAACAUCGCCAUCUUCAUCACCAUCUUUUGGGUUCCGAUCACUGCAGUCAACUUCCUUCCCGUUGACAUAUUCGGCGAAUUUGAAUUCUGGUUUGCUUCGAUUAAAGUCGUUGCCCUGCUUGGCUUCUGGAUCUUUGCCAUCAUCAUGAACGCUGGCGGUGUUGGACCCCAAGGAUACAUUGGUUUCAAGUACUGGGACUCUCCUGGUGCUUUCGCCCCUUACCUUGCCGACGCACCUGCUAUUGCGAAGUUCGUUGGAUUCUGGGCUGUUCUGAUCAAGGCCGGUUUUGCUUUCCAGGGUACCGAGCUCUGCGCCAUCGGUGCUGGAGAAUCCGCGAACCCCCGUGUUACCAUGCCCAAGGCUAUCCGCAACACAUUCUGGAGCAUCUUCACCUUGUUCAUUUUCACCAUCUUCUUCGUUGGCAUCCUGGUUCCCUACGAUAACGAGUCCAUUGCCAUUGGUAAUACAAACGCUGGUUCCUCUCCCUUGGUCAUUGCCAUUCAGCUUGCUGGAGUUUCUGCGCUUCCAGAUAUCUUCAACGCCAUUCUCUUGACUGUCGUUCUGUCUGCGGCUAGCUCCAAUGUGUACUCUGGCAGUCGUAUCCUAGUUGGUCUUGCUGAGAACGGCUGCGGACCAGCUCUGCUCAAGAAGACCACAAAGAACGGCGUGCCAUACUGGGCCACCGCUGUUACUGGUGCAAUGGGUCUUCUUGGCUACAUGAACUGUUCUGCCAGCGGAACCGAAGCCUUCAACUGGCUCCUGAACAUCGUCUCCGUUGCUGGUUUCAUUGCAUGGUCUUGCGUUUGCAUCUGCCACAUUGCGUUCAUGAGGGCUCUCAAGGUGCAGAACAUUGACCGUGACACUCUGCCUUUCAAGUCCUGGGGUGGAGCCCCCAUGGCCUGGUACGGUCUGGCUUUCACUGCCAUCAUCACCAUCACACAGGGCUUCACCGCAUUUGUUCCUUGGAACGUCGAGAACUUCUUCAUCGCGUACAUCAGUUUGAUCCUGUUCGCUGUCCUGUACAUCGGCCACAAGAUCGUAUACAGGAGCCCACUUGUCAAUCCCGCUGAGGCCGACUUGGUCACUGGCCAGUUCCACGAUGAGGUUGCUGAGACCUGGGAGGAGAGCUCCAGGUCGACAUGGAAGAACCUGAUGAACAAGUUCUCCAAGUCAUGAGCCUUGUCUUUUAAAAGCAUUGGGUGCGGGUCUUUAAAAGUCGUUACGACCGCAUGGCAUGGCGUUUACUUAGUGUAUUGAUAUCUUGGAGCACGAUACCACCGUUAAUGUUUACUUGUUACUGUUCAAGUUUCUUGUUUUCAACCCAUGUGCAUGCGCUUGGCCUAUUUCCUAACAUCCAUGAUGAAAGUCAUGCAGUCCCUUGCUAAGAGCCGCAGCCAUCAAGAUUCGAAAAGUACAGGUUUGGCAAUGAACCUCUGCCGGUGCCUGAUCUCGAUUCUCGCGUAAAUGAUCCUAAAUCGAGAUGUGCAUCACUAAUAGCAUCAACAGUAUAGCCUCGCGUGGAGAAAGGCUUAUCACCUCAACGCGCUGUUGGACGUGAGGCAAAAGUCACGACCAGAAUAGAUUGAA